CCGGAAGUGGCUGUGUGGAGACGUUCUGAUUGACAGCGCUCGGGCGAGUCCAAGGAGUGGGACUCGCAUCAGCUGUUAAACUGGCGGUUCCUUCGAUUGGAAGAAUGGCCCUUGUCUUUGUCUAUGGGACCCUUAAGAAAGGCCAGCCAAACUACCCACGUAUGAUAAAUGGUGCUCAUGGGAUAUCCAGAUUCCAGGGCAAGGGACUCACAGUGGAGAAAUACCCCCUGGUGAUUGCAGGGAAAUACAACAUUCCUUAUUUGCUGAACAACCCAGGAAAAGGGCACCGUGUCACUGGAGAGAUUUAUUCUGUUGAUGACCAGAUGUUGCAAUUCCUUGAUGAGUUUGAAGGUUGCCCAGACAUGUAUCAGCGUACUCCAGUGAGAAUUGAAGUAGUUGAGUGGGAAGGUAAAAGUAGCGCACCUGAAGGAAGACCAGCUGUUAACAGCAUUCUGGAAUGCUAUGUGUACAGCACCACCUCUUAUCAGCCCGAGUGGAUAAAUCUCCCUUUCUAUGACAACUAUGAUUCCUUUGGGAAACACAGACUUCCGUAUGUGCUACGGGAAAGCAGAGAUUAAAAUUGGAAGAUAAAGAGAGUACUUCAGGAUGAUAACAUGAACAUACUAAGAAGCUGAAUAAAAUGUCUAGCAUUUAACGCUUAAAGGAAGCACUAACGUUUCUGACCAGAAUAUAAUUGAUUUUAAACAAUAAUUUAUUUUAUAGUUCAAAUCAGGUUUGCAAACUUAACUUGCCUAGUCAUGUAAGGCGAAUAAUGUAUAAGUUGUUUAGUUUUUUUGUUGCACUUCUCAUCUUAAAACUUCAUCAAAAAUAUUUUGUUUUUGUGCAAGGCAAAGAGGAAAUGUUGCUGCAGUGUGGUGUAGUGGCUAGAGUGUCGGAGUUGGGAGAUCCGAUUUCUACCACAUUAUAAACUUCUGUUUUCAAGCCUGCACAACUUUCAUAUAAGCCAGAAAAUGGCUCUAGCAAGAAAUCAGUCAAACACUGCUAGAUCAGUACGUUUACUAAUGGAAUUCAGCCAGCAAAGAGAUGUCCUCAAAAUCCAAUCCUGUGGGUUUCAGUAUGUUCAAGUGGUCAGGAUGGCACAAGAAUGAUCAGAGCCUUUCAUGAUAUGUGGCAGUGUUCUGAUGUGAGCUGAGCAUUGUCCUGGAAUAGCAAGUUCAAUUGAUGCUACUGUGCUGCCAAGAGCCACAGUCACAGUCAUCAGCUCCAGAGGAAGUUGUGGCAUAUAAACUGAGAUGGUGGCAGGGCGAAGGGGUGGGGGUGGGAGAGAAUGUAGUAUUGGCUCAUUUGGUAUAGUCCAAGUGGUACGGAACCCCUUGCUUCCUCAUACUGUUUCAAUUCAGAGGUGGGUUUUCUUGUAUUCAAAUUUCUUUCCUGUUGUCUACUUCAGCUGCCUAA